CGUUUCCUCCUCCACCAACGACACAUCCAAAAACUUGCCUCACCAUAUAUAUCCCUAAUUCCCAAACAACCAUACAGAAAAUAUGUUCAGAUAAAAAAGGGGAAAACGAUUCGCUUGAACUACUAAAUUAUUUAUUUAGGGUUCUUUCCUAGCGAUGGCGAAGAAGAGAAAAUCCGAUGCCAGUCGCCUCGACGAGGUCGAUCGAACCAUGUACUCGGCCUUCUGCAGCGGAGCCAAUUCGCUGUCUCAACUCUACACGCAGGCCAUGAACCAGCAGAGGAACUCCUUCCAAGCCGGUGAACGUCACGCUCUGGAGAAACUCUAUAAUUGGAUUCUGAGACAACAACAAGAUGGAUCAAGAGUGGCUACUGUUGAUAUAAUUGCUUACUUACAGAAUGAGCUCGAGUAUGGGGCGGAGGAGCCCCCAUUGUCCCCCAGGCUGCCAUUACAGCACCAACACUCUCAAACUGCAAUGCACUCGAAUAACUCAGGCAUCCCAGUCUCUUCCAAUUCGUUUGGUUCGGUGACAGCUGCUCAGGGACUUCGUUCAGGGCACUCCGAUCACCAAGCUAAGAACUCUGUUUUCUCAAAUGCUCUCUCCAGCCCUGUUCGCCGAAGCCUUCAGCACUAUCAUUUGGCGCAAGGCUACCACUCGCCGUCUGUGAACGGACCCCGAAAUAAUGAAACUAGUUACCCUCAUCACCAAAACAGGGAAUCCAAUACCACAAGCUCCAAUGACUCAUCGAUGGACAUACAUGCUGAUAGUCCUGGCCACGAGUCUGCUUACUGAAAAAUUUCUUUCGUGAUUGGAGAUUGGCUGCACUUCCCCAGUGAAAGAAGACAUGCAGAGAAAAGUAAAGCCUGAUGAGGAAUAUAACAACACUAGCAAGCUGUCGAUGCUUCUCUCCUAUCAACAUCUGUUAUGUAAGGUUUGUUUUGAGUGGGUCGUUAACAGGUUACUGUAGGCCAUGGUUUUCUUUUGAGUUUUAAUGUUUAUAGUUGUUUAGCAUAAUAUCUCUUGUGACUUCUGGAUAAUUGUGUUGUUUUGCACUUUUGCUUGCUAAAAUAUUCUUACAGGUCUUAAAAAAAUAUUCACGGUCCUUCGACGGGUCUUCAUAUGUGCGGAUCCUCCUAAUAUAUAACCCUGUUGUAUC